UCUCUUGACCUGACAAACCUUCAGUCUCUUGACCAAACAAACCUUCAGUCUCUUGAGCAAACAAACCUUCCGUCUCUUGAGCAAACAAACCUUCAGUCUCUUGAGCAAACAAACCUUCAGUCUCUUGACCCAACAAAUUUUCAGUCUCUUGAGCAAACAAACCUUCCGUCUCUUGAGCAAACAAACCUUUGGCCCCUUGAGCAAUCAAACCUUCCGCUUCUUAAGCAAACAAACCUUCCGCCUCUUGAGCAAACAAACCUUCCACCCCUUGAGCAAACAAACCUUCCACCCCUUGAGCAAACAAACCUUCCGCCCCUUGAGCAAACAAACCUUCUGCCCCUCGAGCAAACAAACCUUCAGUCUCUUGAGCAAACAAACCUUCCGCCCCUUGAGCAAACAAACCUUCCGCCCCUUGAGCAAACAAACCUUUCGCCCCUUGAGCAAACAAACCUUCCACCCCUUGAGCAAACAAACCUUCCGCAACUUGAGCUAACAAACCUUCAGUCUCUUGAGCAAACAAACUUUUCACCCCUUGAGCAAACAAACCUUUCGCCUCUUGAGCAAACAAACCUUCAGUCUCUUGAGCAAACAAACCUUCCGCCCCUUGAGCAAACAAACCUUCCGCCCCUUGAGCAAACAAACCUUUCGUCCCUUGAGCAAACAAACCUUCCGCCUCUUGAGCAAACAAACCUUCGGUCUCUUGAGCAAAGAAACCUUCAGUCUCUUGACCUGACAAACCUUCAGUCUCUUGAGCAAACAAACCUUCAGUCUCUUGAGCAAAGAAACCUUCGGUCUCUCGACCAGACAAACCUUCAGUCUCUUGAGCAAACAAACCUUUGGUCUUUUGAGCAAACAAACCUUCAGUCUUUUGAGCAACAAACCGUCAGUCUUUUGAGCAAACAAACCUUCGGUCCCUUGAUCACAGCCCAGACUUGUAAUAUAUAA